GUGUGAGUGCGCGGCGGGUGUCCAUGUGUCCGUGAGUGUGCGUGUGUGUACGAGUGGAAGUGGAAAGUGUGUGAUUAAGUGCAGUCGCUCUCCGGCGGACCAAAAGAAAUCAUUCAACAGUAGUGUUUAAUGAACGGCUGAGCCAGCCAGCAGGAAACGCGAUCGCUCAACUCCUCCACUGUAUCUGUAGUUGUUGUUUUUUUUUUGUUUUUAUCAAGGAGAGGCGCCGCAACCAAUAAAACCAACACACCCACAAAGGCAACCAAGUCGCGUCAUCAGUGGAAGAGGAAAGACAGCAGCAGCGGCAGCGGGAGAAGCAGUGGUUUUCCAGCUCCAGAAAGAGUCCUUAAAACAUGGACAGCAAGGGUCGCAAUGUCAUCGUCUGUGAUAACGGCACAGGGUUCGUCAAGUGCGGAUAUGCCGGCAGCAAUUUUCCCACUUUCAUUUUCCCCUCAAUGGUGGGACGACCCAUGAUCCGGGCGGUGAACAAAAUCGGCGAUAUCGAAGUGAAGGAUCUGAUGGUCGGCGAUGAGGCGUCACAGCUGCGUUCCCUGCUGGAGGUCUCCUAUCCCAUGGAGAACGGUGUGGUGCGUAACUGGGACGACAUGUGCCACGUGUGGGACUACACGUUUGGGCCGAAGAAGAUGGACAUUGACCCCACGAACACAAAAAUCCUGCUGACUGAGCCGCCCAUGAAUCCCACAAAGAAUCGCGAGAAAAUGAUCGAGGUGAUGUUCGAGAAGUACGGCUUCGAUUCCACAUACAUUGCCAUACAGGCUGUGCUGACGCUUUAUGCCCAGGGUCUGAUCUCGGGCGUUGUGAUCGAUUCGGGCGAUGGCGUAACGCAUAUAUGUCCCGUCUACGAGGAGUUCGCCUUGCCCCAUCUGACCCGGCGAUUGGACAUUGCCGGACGCGAUAUCACCCGCUAUUUGAUUAAGUUACUGUUACUGCGUGGCUACGCUUUCAAUCAUUCCGCUGACUUCGAAACGGUGCGCAUCAUGAAGGAGAAGCUCUGCUACAUCGGCUACGACAUCGAAAUGGAGCAGCGAUUGGCCCUGGAGACGACGGUGCUGGUUGAGUCCUACACGCUACCCGACGGCCGGGUGAUCAAGGUCGGCGGAGAGCGUUUCGAGGCGCCAGAGGCCCUGUUCCAGCCGCAUUUAAUCAACGUCGAGGGGCCGGGCAUUGCGGAAUUGGCCUUCAACACGAUCCAGGCGGCAGACAUUGACAUCCGGCCCGAACUCUACAAGCACAUAGUCCUGUCCGGCGGUUCUACCAUGUAUCCGGGUCUACCCAGUCGACUGGAGCGAGAGAUCAAGCAGCUGUACUUGGAGCGGGUACUGAAGAACGAUACGGAAAAGCUGGCGAAAUUCAAAAUACGAAUUGAGGAUCCGCCCAGACGCAAGGACAUGGUCUUCAUCGGCGGCGCUGUACUCGCGGAGGUGACAAAGGAUCGCGACGGUUUCUGGAUGUCCAAGCAGGAGUACCAGGAACAGGGCCUCAAAGUAUUGCAAAAGCUGCAGAAGAUCAGUCACUAGAGGUGCAGCCUAGUGCGACGGAGUGUGAGGACUACUGCCUGCGAGUGGGAUGGGCGUUGAUGAGACCCCAACAAAUAGGAUGAACAAUUGUAUAAAUUUGUUUUGGCUAGUUCGUAUAAGUUGAAAAUUUGCAGUUUUGCGUGAUGUAUCUGUCUGUCUAUAUAUGAGUGUUUUUGUGUGCCUGCGUGAGUGGGCGUGUCUGUUGGGCAGAAUUGGUUUAGAUUCCCAUAAGUCGCAGACAUGCCGACAUUGCUCGAUCCCCGUACAAUGAAUUGUAAUAUUUCUUUCGGCGCAAAGACGAGCGCCUAAAUUGUGUAACCCUAAAUUAGUACGUUUAAUUGAAUAUGAUUAUGCCUGAAGCCCAGACCCCUCCCCUUCUCUUGUUUUUUGCUAAAUAUAUAUAUAUAUAAAUUCAAUGUAUCGAUAUUUUUGUAAACGCAAAAUGUUUCAUUUCAAGCGAGUAUUUCACAUUAAGUAUUAACUAGGCCAAGUCUGCUAGUAGCAGCGAUUAUAAAUCGUGUGUGUAUGAGACAGAGAUAGAGAGAGAGACAGAGAUGGAGAUGGAGAGAGAGUGAAAGAAAGUUGCACAGCACAGAAGGAGAGAGCUAGUGUCGAAGUCAUCCUGCUUUCGUUAACUAAAUACACUGAUUUACCAGCCCUUUCCCAAUAAAGAUAAACCAAGAACAGUCACACGUUCAUGCAUUUAUAUUGCCCAAUAAUCGAUAAUACACUAUCUAUCAACCGAAAGUGUUUAAUUUGAUUUAAUUUCCCCUUCCUGCCUUUUCUAGUUAGUUGCAAUUUGAUGAUUGUUGGGGCUAAGCGGACGCUACACAUGCGAAACUAUCGGCACAUACAUAUACAAUAUAUAUGAUCAAUAUAUAUUUAUAUGCUUAAUAAAUGUGUAAUGCCAAUUAUAUAAGUAAAUGCAAUAAACAUAAAUAUGUAUGAUGUAUACUGUAUACUGAAGUAGACUAAAGCUAAAAUCGUAUAAUGACUUGGUUUUUUUUUUACCAACUAAAAACAAAACAAGAAUCACAAUAAAAAACCAAACAACAAAUUCAA